AUGAAAACAAGGUCUUUUUAUCCCUGCUUUCAGCUUUCCGAGGCAGAAGCUGGGUAUUUUAAUUGGAAGGGAAAGGCCUACACGUGGUGGGAACUGGGGAAGACGCAUUCAAUCAAACUGGGCCAACACCAGUGGCGUCCUGGUCCUGAGAGAAGGUGCCACACAACACUGGAGUCCUGGAGAGAGGGGCGGGCAGUGGGGCCCUUGCCUGAGAAACAGGACCCGGUGACCCCCAUCUGUUCCUCCUCCUCUGCCUCCCUCCCCCACCGCUGCCAUGGCGACACGUCUGGAAUCGCAGUCAGCCUUAUGCCCCAGAGAGAACAAUGCUCCGUUUGAACCUGGAGCCGCACCCAGUUGGGCUUCCCCGGACCACAGGCCCUUUGCAGUCCUCUGUGCCCCCAGGCUCGAGCAGCAUGGUCUCUGGGGCCAGUCCUGCUGGUCCCGGCUUCCUGGGCAGCCAGCCUCAGGCAGCCAUCAUGAAGCAGAUGCUGAUUGAUCAGCGGGCUCAGCUGAUGGAGCAGCAGAAGCAACAGUUCCUGCGGGAGCAGAGGCAGCAGCAGCAGCAGCAGCAGCAGCAGCAACAGCAGCAGCAGAUUCUGGCUGAGCAGCAGUUGCAGCAGUCUCAUCUCCCCCGGCAACACCUCCAGCAACAGCGGAACCCAUACCCUGUGCAGCAAGUCAAUCAGUUUCAAGGCUCACCCCAGGAUAUAGCAGCCGUGAGAAGCCAGGCAGCCCUCCAGAGCAUGCGGACGUCACGGUUGAUGGCACAGAACGCAGGCAUGAUGGGAAUGGGGCCCUCCCAGAACCCAGGGACGAUGGCCACAGCUGCGGCCCAGUCAGAGAUGGGACUGGUCCCUUACAGCACCACACCUACCAGCCAGCCAGGAAUGUACAGUAUGAGCACAGGAAUGACCCAAAUGUUGCAGCACCCAAACCAAAGUGGCAUGAGCAUCACACACAACCAAGCCCAGGGGCCGAGGCAGCCUGCCUCUGGCCAAGGGGUCGGCAUGGUGAGUGGCUUUGGUCAGAGCAUGCUGGUGAACUCAGCCCUGACCCAGCAGCACCAGCAGAUGAAAGGCCCAGUGGGCCAGGCCUUACCAAGGCCCCAAGCCCCUCCAAGACUUCAGAGCAUCAUGGGAACUGUCCAGCAAGGAGCGCAAAGCUGGCAACAGAGGAGCUUGCAGGGAAUGCCCGGAAGGACUAGUGGAGAACUGGGCCCAUUCAACAAUGGCGCCAGCUACCCACUUCAAGCCGGCCAACCCAGACUGACCAAGCAGCACUUCCCCCAGGGACUGAGCCAGUCGGUUAUGGACGCUAACACUGGCACAGUGAGAACCCUCAACCCGGCUGCCAUGGGUCGGCAGAUGAUGCCCCCACUCCCGGGGCAGCAGGGCACCAGCCAGGCGAGGCCCAUGGUCAUGUCUGGGCUGAACCAGGGCGUCCCUGGCAUGCCAGCCUUCAGCCAGCCCCCAGCACAGCAGCAGAUGCCCAGUGGCAGCUUUGCCCCCAGCAGCCAGAGUCAAGCCUAUGAGCGGAACCCUCCUCAGGACAUGCCAUACAAUUACAGCGAAGGCGCGGGGGCUUCCUUCCCUGGACUCCCGGAUGGUGCAGACCUAGUGGACUCCAUCAUCAAAAGCGGGCCAGGGGAUGAGUGGAUGCAAGAGCUUGAUGAAUUAUUUGGUAACCCCUAGUCAAGAGGGGUCCCGGGAGCCACAGCUACAGUGGUACAGGCUUACCACGUGGAAAAGAAACAGGAUGCUGACCCAUCCUUGUUUUUUUGUUUUUUUGACCCACGUAAACUGAGCAAAACUACAGCUGGCUGAUGGUGGAAGACCCAGGUGUCCACCAUGGCCCAGUGGGGCCUCGUUCACCUGGUUUUCACACAGCAAUCGAGCUGAGACGCCAUGCCGAUCCCUGCUGCAAAAGAGGAGAUGGGGAGGGCAGGGGGGGAAGACGAAGGAAGUGAAGCCCCUCUGCUCAGCGCCCCCUGUGAUCGCCCGACCCAGCAAGAGCUGCUCCAGCCCAGAGGGACUGGACUGUGGCCAGAGGUGAGGUACCACCAGCCCUCCUGCUCCAGGUCCAGGGACUACAGCUUAGGAGACACAAGAGACAGAGCCUCAGCCAGGGAGAGUCCCCCAGAGGCUGCCAGCCACCGCACAGGCAGGUGCAGGUCAGAAACGCUCCAGUCUCUGAGUGGGAAGAGAUGCGCCCUUCCAGACGCGCUCCUGUAUUUGCAGAACAGGCAGGAAGAACAGGGACUGAUCCCAAAGGACCACCAAGGAUCCUGCAGGCCUGUCUUCUGUCCCUGCCCAUGAACCUCAGGCCAGCUGAGCUUGAGAAGGGCCUUCCGGCAGUCCUAGGGAGCUGCCCCAUGCCAAUCACCACUCCAGGUGGAGCGGGAGUCUUUGGGGGUCAGUACAAUAAUAGACAAGCAGGUGGCUCUCAUCUGCUCCUGGGGACCACAGGGUGGAGGGACCCCUGCUGGAUUGUGUGGUCAGCCAGCCCUCCUCCUUCACCCCUGCCUCUGGACCCCCUCACUGCACCCCAGCCUGCCUUUGCUUCUCCUUAAAGACCAUCCAAGAAGAGGUGAAGCUUUGGAGCAAAGUCAGAAUAAAUGCAAAACUGAGACAACGCCUGGGAGGCCAAGGGGACACUGGAGACUCUUUCUCCCACUUGCGUAGAGUGGAACGGAGUGCGCUGCGCGUGUGGGUUUACACGAGCUACGCGUCUGAUGCUCCUGAUACCCCCAGGGAGGAGUGGCCUGGAGAGCACCAGUUCUGACUCUCUCGGUGAGAAUCCCAGGGGUGUCAUUCUAAAAUUGGCCUUGCACAACAUCUUUCUCAUCAUCAAACACCAGUAUAAAACCCCAGAGAUGGAGGAACAGAAAAAUCAAUAGCUCCACUUUCCGGAUUUGGAUAGUGAACCGGGGAGGUUCCUUUCCUAAGGGCAAGGUGACCCACUUCGGGAAUUCUGUACAGAUGUCCUCUGAUGCUCUCAGCUCCACCCUAAGUGACACCUCCAUGUCUGUUGGUCUGCCUCCCCUCCCAUGGAGGCAAAGUGGCACAAGUUGAAUGGACUUUCCUCCUGUCCCUGGUCCCCUCGUGUCCUACUUGCUGGCUCCCUUCUGUGCACCAACACACAACUCGGCACAGGAGGUCAGAACCCAUGGAGGCCGCCCUGGCCGAAGGCGAGUUCCAGGGGAAAGCUGGGCAGAGGACUGUGCGGAGGAGGCAGGCAGGCAUCGGCCUUGACUUGCUCUGCAUCUGCCAGGAGUCUAGACCUGUUCAGGGGAGAGGGGAGGCCAGAGGCACCUGGCUGAUGGAAGGUGGUGGCAGGGUGACUGUGAACUUCCUGAAUGGGGAGGGAAGCUGAGAAGAAACAGAUGAAAACCAAAAAAGUAAAAAACAAAUGCGAGAUACAGAUUCAUAAUUAUUACCCUUUCCUGCAAGGUUCAGGAAAUGAAUAUAUAAGCAAUGAGGAGGAGCUGGAGGAGGCUGAUGGAGAGGGGGAGGCUCCAUCAUCUCCUCAAAGCUUCCUCCAGCCGCUCAGUCCUGGGACCAACGAAUAGAGAGGUAGAUUUUAAUAAGGUUGUUUUGUUUUGUUUUUACUACGGUGCUGAUGUAUAUGUAAUGUCUAAAAAAAAAAAAAAGUUAUUUGUACAUAAGUUUUUACAAUACUACAGAUAUCACUGGGUCUACUAUCUGUAAAAAAAAUAUAUACAUAUAAAUAUAUAUAUACUGUUUGUUUAAAAUAGAGUAUUUUUAUUUCAUUCCUUCACUCAUCAUCACAACAGUGGUAUUGCACUUCAGAUUACAUCUAAUGACUAAUUUGUACUGUAUGACCUAUGGCAACUGGCUCCAUUUGAUUCAGAUUUUUCUAGUUUUCUGUUUUUACUUUGUACAUUGAGCAUUGCUUAUUUCCUUUUAAGAGAUGUACAGGACUCUGAAAUGUAGAAAUGAGGUGAUGUUGACAUACCACUUUUAAAGAAAAAAAAAACAAAACAAAACAAAAAUAAAUGAUCAUUAUCUGAAUCAAUCCCAAGUAGAUUUCAUUU